AUGAGUGAGGCCCACCUUGAAAUAUUAACAAUAAGUCAAGAUGGAGGUCAUCAGUCAUUUGACAUAAACGACACCGUUGCUACUGCAGAACUUAGAACGGCGGCUUUCAUUUUUAGGCAAACAUCCCGUGCAAAAGCAAGCCAAAACGGUAGAAAGACAUGUGACCGUCCGUUUCUUUCCUCUUUCAUUUCUCUUUGGCCUUCUCGUAAUUGUUCUGUUUUCUCCAAGAUUUUCGGCCUUUUGUUUAUUCCCCUUUCGAUGAAUAUCGAGUCUGAAUUUAUGAGUCCUGUUUGGUUGAUUAUUAUCAUUAGAAAUGGGGGUUUCGAUAACAUGCUGCAUAAAGAGACAUCAAAGGUGGCAAGUGGUAGUCAUUCUGAGGGAAGGGUGGGAAGAAUGGCGACUGAAAAUGGUCACUUUGCCCCCGUACCCAAGUAUAAGCAGCGUAAAGUUUGUGCUGUUCGGGAUUUUCCACCAGGGUGUGGAAGGUUGGCUGCGCCAAUCACCAUACCAAGUGAGCAAGCACAAGGGCAGGUGGUUUCUGAGUCAGGAAACCCGGCAUUAUUGUCUGAUCGGGUAGAUAAGGUUGAGCCUGAAAGAGUUUUUGAAAUUUCUGGUUUGCAGGAGGAUUUGCGUAAGGAAAAUGUUGCUGCUUCCAAAGAGAAGGUGGUUACACAAAUUAGUAUGAAUUCCCAUCCCGGUGAGAGCAGUUUGGAAAAUACUUUAACAAGAAAUUAUUGUCCUCGGAGAGGAGUCACUGUUGUGAGAGACUUCCCUCCAUUUUGUGGAAGAAAUGCUCCAUGUCUUAGUGAGGAGGAGCGCAUGAAAUGGCUUGCCUCAUUAAAGAACAAGGGUUUCAACACAGAGAAGUUUGUAAAUGAAGAAAAACCAUUGGAAAAGACUAUAUGUACUAAUGUGAAACAAGUGAUAGAGGAUGUUCAGGAUGUAAUUUCUUUAGAAGGUAAAAUAGAAUGUAGUGCUACUAGACUCUCUGCAGAAGAACUUCAAUCUAAACCCGAAGAUCUGGCUUCUAAAAAAAUGAGGAAGCAAGGUGUUUAUGAAGCUUCUUCCAGGGAUAUGGAGGAUGCGGAAGAUAUGGGUGAAAAUAGCAUCAAGUCUUGUUGUGAAACUUUUCCAAAUGAAUUUGAUAGCAAGUCCAAGAAAGUAACUGAGACAAGGGAUGGAUAUAUUAGAGGUUUGGAGGAAAAUCCCAUACGCGAUAUUGUUGUCUAUGAAGAGGUCAACAGUUUUGAGAAAAAGCUUUCUGAUUCAUCUGCCUUUGAGGAUCUAUGGCUGGAGGAGAAUCGUGGGAGUCAAGAAGUUUUAUCGGAUAGUUCGAUUGUGCAAGGCCUCAUGGCUUCAUCAACUUGUCCCUGGCAACAAGGGAAAGUCACCUGCAAAUCUGACCUGGCUGGUGGUUCGUUUAAAAAAAAGAAAAAGAACAACUUCACAUUGCUACCACGAGCUGAUGCCAAGAAGAGUUCUUCUUCCAACAAAAGGGCUCGUCAAGAUCUCAGCCAAGUGGUUAUUUGGAACAAGGAAGACUCAUUCCAGCAGGAUGGGCAACACACAAAUGACAAUUUUGCUCGGAGAUCAUACAGUUAUGAUGUGAGUCUUCCUCCUUGUCCAAGUACUAUGGGUCAUGAUAAUGAAGCAAUGACUAGUCGGAACAAAGUGAGAGAGACAUUACGUCUGUUCCAAGCAGUCUGUCGGAAGCUCUUACAGGAAGAAGAAUCAAAGUUGAAGGAGCAAGGAAAGACUCAUAAGAGGGUGGAUUGCCAAGCUGCAAAGAUUCUCAAAGAGAAAGGGAAAUACGUUAACACAGGCAAACAGAUCAUUGGCCCUGUUCCAGGUGUUGAAGUUGGUGAUGAGUUUCAGUAUUUUGUCGAGCUCAAUAUUGUUGGCCUUCAUCGCCAAAGUCAGGGUGGUAUAGAUUAUGUAAAGCAAGGUGAAAAGAUCAUUGCUACUAGUAUUAUAGCAUCGGGGGGCUAUGAGGAUGACUUGGAUAAUUCAGAUGUCUUGAGUUACAUGGGUCAGGGAGGAAAUGUGAUGCAGAAAGGUAAGCAGCCAGAAGACCAGAAGCUCGAAAGAGGAAACCUUGCUUUGGCUAAUAGCAGAUUUGUUAAGAAUCCAGUGAGGGUGAUUCGUGGUGAGACAAGGUCUUCUGAUUUGUCAGAAGGUAGAGGUAAGACAUAUGUUUAUGAUGGACUUUAUUUGGUGGAGGAGUUUAAGCAAGAACCAGGGCCGCAUGGUAAGCUGGUCUACAAAUUUAAGCUGGUCAGAAUUCAGGGUCAACCAGAGCUUGCUUGGAAAGUUGUAAAGAAAUCUAAAUUGCGGGAAGGUCUCUGUGUACAUGAUAUCUCACAAAGGAAGGAGAUAAUCCCCAUUUGUGCUAUAAACACCAUAGAUAGUGAAAAACCUCCACUAUUUGUGUAUGAACCUCACAUGAUCUACCCUGACUGGUGCCGUCCUAUUCGUCCCAAAGGUUGUGGUUGUAUCAAUGGAUGUUCACAAUCAGGGAAAUGUUCUUGUGUGAUGAGGAAUGGAGGAGAGAUCCCAUAUAACCAUAAUGGCGCCAUUGUUGAAGCAAAGCCCAUUGUCUAUGAAUGUGGUCCUACUUGCAAUUGUCCUGCUAAAUGCAAUAAUAGAGUCAGCCAACAUGGCAUAAAAUUUCAGCUUGAAAUCUUUAAAACAGAAUCAAGAGGCUGGGGUGUUAGAUCCCUAAAUUCUAUCCCUUCCGGAAGUUUUAUCUGUGAGUAUGCUGGAGAGCUACUUGAAGAUAGGGAAGCUGAAGAAAGAACAGGGAAUGAUGAGUAUCUGUUUGAUAUUGGAAAUAACUACAGUGAUAGUUCUCUCUGGGAUGGUCUUUCAACCCUAAUGCCUGAUGCACAUUCAAGUUCUUGCCAAGUUCUACCUGACAGUGGUUUCACAAUCGAUGCAGCACGAUGUGGCAAUAUAGGGAGAUUCAUAAACCAUAGCUGUUCACCUAAUUUGUAUGCACAAAAUGUCCUUUAUGACCAUGACGACAGGAGAAUCCCACACAUAAUGUUCUUUGCUGCUGAGAAUGUUCCUCCCUUGCAAGAGUUGACUUAUCAUUACAAUUAUAUGAUAGAUCAGGUUCGUGAUGAGAAUGGUAACAUAAAGAAGAAAAUUUGCCACUGUGGUUCUUCAGAGUGUACUGGUAGGCUGUAUUAAGGCACGCCACUAAAAACUGGUUAGAUUCGGGAAGCACUGACCUUUUGCAUUGCAAGUGUUUUUUCCCUCAAGUAUCCUCAAAAUUUAUUAGGAAUUUAUGUAUUGAACUAUAAUAAAUAUAUGUGUGUAUGAGUGCUUGUGUUUAUGUAUGUAUGUAUGUAUGCAUGUACAUGUAUAGAUAUGCAAGGGCUGUAUAUACGUGGACAUGAAUUUAAUAUUGUUCUUGGUUUUGAUUUAUUACUUAUGAUCUUUUUCUGUAAACAUAUAUGUGAUUAUGGUUGCUUGUAUGUGGAUGUAUACAAACUGAUCAUAUGUAAGAGCAUUUAUGGGCACACAUUUGCAGGCCAUAAUGGUUCCACACACAAAUCAGUGCUAUGUCUUUGUCUUCAAAUCUAUGGCAAUCCUUGUUGCUUGUGGAAAUGACACUCAUGAUUUGUAUGGAUCCAAAACUUUAAUAUGUUUAAAUGCACAUUUUUACUAACCUUUAUAGGUUUCUGACAUAAAGCAAACAAUCUAUCUGGCUGUAAUUUCUGUAAAUGAUGCUCUGCUAAAACGCCUGUGCUCAUGUUAGCUGCUGCUAAUGUUUCUGCUGCAUAUU